CUUACUCUUGAUUUCUGCCACGUGUGAACAGGCCUUUACUCUCCACUCUCGCUUUCGUUGAGCCUUCAACUGUCGCAUCAGGUGCGGCGAGUUUCGUGACGGUUAAAAGAUGGAUUCACUGAGUCCGACGUUGCGGUAGGUACAAAAUCACGAUACGAGAUCCAGGACGAAUCAGUCCUGAUGCACCGUUCGAAAUAAAGCAGCAGGACUGAUCGCGAUCGCGACAGACAACCAGCGGCGAAAAAUUCACGGCUCUACGGCCCGACACAAUGACGCAGCCGCCUUUUUGAUGUCAAACGAUCAGCCUGAUGACGACGCCGCCAACGAUACAGGUUAGGACAACGAUUCGAUCGACCAUCUCAUGGACGCGGGCCAUUCUCAACCCGUUUCGGGGCUCGCGUCAUCUCGUUUCAGAUCUGUCUACGGAUAAGCAAAUCCUGUUGCAAAAUCUCGGUGGUAAACGAUCGUGUGUCGAGGCUGUGACGUCCGGCCACAAAGCUUCUAUCGAGCAAAGAACGAGGGACGAAGGAGGCGUAAAGAGAAGCUUGGCCGAUCAGAAAGGGAGCGAUGAUGAGUCUCGGGUGUCCGGAGAUAUUUGUCGAAUAUGCCACAUGGGCAGUUUCUCAACGGUCGACGAGAAUCGAGCCAGUUACGAAAGACAGAACCAACCUAUUCGUGGAGUUGACAGUCAAACGUCGACAUUAUCGUCCUACGCGUAUCUCGGCCCUUUGAUCUCAGCUUGCAAGUGUCGUGGAACAGUAGCGUUGGUACACGUAGAAUGUCUUGAAAGAUGGUUGACAGAAUCGGGUCACUCUAGAUGCGAGCUUUGCGGCUACAAGUACGCCACUAAAAGAGUACCACGUCAUAACAUCAUCCGUAGUGUUGUAAUAUGGUUCAAUACCGUGAUAGUGACUCGACAAAUGCUUCUAGAUAUAUUGUAUCUAGUAGUCACCACGCCACUAGCCCUGUUCUCCUGCUACAUCUGUGUCCUGGCUCUAAGAAUGUUGCUAAAACGUGGCCUGCAAGAGAUGCCCUGGAUGAUCGUUGCCAUGCUUCCCACUUGUUCCCUUACUCUAAUCGCUUACUGGGGUUGGAUAAUUACUCUGGCCAGACUGCACGGGCGUAGAUGGCGCCGUUAUUGGAGGAGCAAUUUCGUCAUACGUUUGGUUCCUGACGAUUUCAACAACGCUGAAACGAAUUCGAGACAAGAAAGGACCACCGGUAACCAUCUUCAGCAGCAGAGGCCGUACGCGGACGACGAGACGAUGGAAAUUCGCGACGUCACGUCGAUCGAUCGAUCCGAAUGAAUCUACACGCAAGAUUUAAUUGCUGGUAAUUUGGUUUCAUUAAAAGGCGGCUCUAAUCGAGCUGGUUACCAACCAUCGAGGACAAUUAAUCGCAUCAAACUGCAUGAGUUUCCACGUCGCUUCCGGUUGUCUGUUAUCUUCGUACGAGAAUAAAUCGGAAAGUUGAUAUAAUUUCUAAAAAUCAGCUGUUAGCGUCAUGUUCGCCAUUAUUCUUGCAAUAGUGUUAUUUAUAAUUUUGAUUCAUCUUAUGAUAACGAUUGAUAGUGGCUUGCUCAAGAUUCU